AACACAACCCACAGCUGAAGUGGCAUGUUCGUGACCGCCGCCAACUAUACCGCUGGCCUCACUACCCCAUUCACACUUAUAUCACCCACACAUACGUUGCUGACCCAUGCCACACUACCGCAUCAUAAUACACAGAAAUUUCGCAAAAACAAUAAUGCUGCUGCAGCUGCCAAUUCCAAUAGCAUUUUUUGUCAACGUUUAACCUCCUCCUCGGCUACGUCGUCCUCCUCUUCUGCUGCUGCCUCCUCCUCCUCCUCCACAAGUUCUUCUUUGUCUGCCUCGGCGGCGUUGUCGUCGUGUAAUGCAACGUCUUUGUAUGGUCGUAAUCCAAGACGUUUAUCAGCCACUUAUAAUCACAAUAGCAAUCAUCUGUAUCAUCAACCACAUCAUCUGCAUCAUACACAACAACAACAACAGCAGCAACAUCAUCAUUUGCAACAUCAUUCUUCAAACUCUUUCAUGAUGACGUCGUCUUUAAAUACACAUAAUAAACACAACAACAACAACAACAAUAAUAAUAGUAGCAGCAGCAACAACAACAAUACCAAUAUUAAUAAUAACAACAACAAUUCCAGUAAUCAAACCAACAAUAGCAACAACAGUAACAACUCUAACAAUCAUAUAGUUGAUCUUGUUAAUGACGAUGAUGAUGUUGAUGAAUUAUUAACAACUGGAACUACAGCUACAACAACCACAACCAUAACUUUGUAAUAAGGCUUAUCCAAUUAACCCCCCCAAGUAGUAUAAGGAUCUAGAUAUAAGGACUAAUGGUUUAAAGCCACAUUAAUUAAAUACAAAAUAUAAAAAAUUAAAGAAAAAAAAUUGGAAAACAUUUUAAACAAAAAGAAAAAAAAACAAAAAUUCAAAAAUAUUUGCACCCAAAAAAAUACACUACUGGACUUAUGAAAGAAACAAGAUCAGCAACAAUAACAAAAAGGAGUUUUAUCUGGAAUCAAAAAAUAGCAAAGGAAAUGAAAUCGUUUAUUAAGCAAACAACGUGUUCAACUUUAAAUUUUAGGAAAAAAACUACAGAAAACUAAACACAGAGACUCACACAACAAUAAUAACAAUGGUAAACUAAUUGUUAUUAAAAAAACAAAUCUAUAUUUAUUUUUACAGCUUUAAAGCUUUUUUCAAACAUCGUUAUUCCACCAACCAACCAACCAACCAACCAACAACUAUCCCCCCCUAAGGAAGGCUCUGAAUAAGGUUUUACACUGGAUUUUAGGGUCUUACAUCUAGAGGAUUCUUUUUACAUAAUACAUAACUUCAACUUCAGCAAUAAUCUACCAGCCGCCCUCAACACAACUUUAACAACGAGUAAACCGCGACACCAUUUUCUUUACAAAAACAAAAUGAAGUACAUUAUUUUUUAUUAUUUUCCAUUAUUUUUCUAUUCCAUUGCCCUAUUUCCCUAUUUUUUUAAUAACGACUUCUAAACUCCUUUUCUCUAACAUCUUUAAUUAGUUUUACGUUUUUUUUUUUGUGUCCUUUUCAUUUACUUUUCAUGUUUUUUCUUUUUUUUAAUUUGAUGGUACAACAAAUUAUAUUUAUUUUUUUUGGAAACAAGAAAAGCAAGAAAACUGAA